AAGGAAAACGGAGACCCGUCCCAAUCACCUGUGCGCCUGCGGCCACGGGAAGCUGCUGGGCAUGACAGUUGGCGGCCGGCGGCAGACAAGGGAGUGGUGGCGGGACCCUCGCUGCCACCCCGCUAAGCCGCUCCGCCCGGCGCGCCGUCCCUCGCCCGAGCCCCAGACACAAAGGCGGGGCGGCGAGCCGGGACCCCGCUCCGGGGAGCCUCCCGACUCUCGGCGCCGCGCACUUACCCCAUCGAGGCGGAGGCUCCCGGGCCCCGCCGGCUGCGCCACUCCGCCCGCCGCUUCCCCAGGAAAACGCGGCCGCCGGGCUCGCUUCCUGCUCGGCUUCCUGCGCCUCGGUCCCUCCUCCUCCCCCCGCUGCGGGGGUCAGUGGGCGCCGCGGCUCCGGGGCUGGGCCGGCGGGGCGGGGGCAGCGGCAGCACCACCACGUGGCCGCCCGGCGCCGGCCCCCGCCGACCUGGAUCCCGCGGGAGCGAGAAGGGAGGUGCUCGCCUCUCCCCUCCCCUUCUCAAAGAAGAGCGGCAAGAAGGACCAUUCUGCCAUCAACGAGGUGGUGACCAAAGAAUACAGCAUCAACACUCACAAGUGCAUCCACGGAGUCGGUUUCAAGAGGUGUGCCCCUUGGGCACUCAAAGAGAUCUGCAAAUUUGCCAUGGAGGACAUGGGAACUCCAGAUAUGUGCAUUGACACCAGGAUCCACAAAGCCGUCUAG